AUGCCUGGAACCUCCUCAUCGUCUUCAGACACAUACGAACAAUUCAAACGGGCUUUUCGCAAUCUUUUCCGACGACGAAAGCUCAACAUCAACGUUCCUGCAGUCGUCAAGCCACAAGCGCCCACGCGUCCUUCACGCCCGCGAUCAGCUUCAGCAGUCGCAGCACCCGAGGUCUUUGAGAGCCCGGAAAUUCCGUCAUGGCCUAUCUUCGGCCAGCUACCACACGGCGGCGGUCUUUACUGUGCACCGGUUGAGCUUCCCGGCUCACUUGCGCCUAUGCUUCAGCAACGCUCAAAGUCUGAUGUAGGACAGCCUUUCUACCACUCCGAUCUCUUCAGUGAACUCGACGCUACUUCGAUCCGACGUUUGAGUGUUAUUGGGAGCGCAAUAGGAGAUGACGAAGAUCUGAAUGAGGAAUACUUCAAGCUUCAGGCUGAACUGAACGAACAACAAGUACACGGCGAAGAGGGAGGAAUCGUACCGGGACACGCUUCCGAACCCGAACACGAGCAACAAUCUCAAGAACCAGAAGACCUACAAACAGAAGAGCCAUUGCAACUAGAGCAAGAACAAUCAGAACAAACCCAGGACGAUGCACUUUUCCAAGAUGCAGAGGAGCAUCUCCCUCAGGAGAUCGAAGACGUCCUAGAGCCAGCUGAUAUUGCCCUGCCAGAGGGUUCCGACUCGGGUAAGCUUCAUUUUGCUAUCAAUACCGGGAAGACAUGCCUAACUGAACCAGACUUGGAAGAGGACGAUAUCUCAUUUGCACUGGAUCCAGAAGAGCUUGCCAGGAAUGACUCGGCAAACGGCGGCAAGGUCUACCACGACGACUCCAGCUCUCUCUACAGCACCGAUGAGUCCGAUAUUGACGUGGACUCUACUACCGACGUAGCCACUGUUUCUACACCUCGCACCGCUUCUUUGCUCAGAGCAGACAUGAUGGAGUACUUUGACGAGAAGAUCCCCGUGCUUUCUGAGCCAUCUCAAGUGCUUCCUGUCAUCCCUGCCCCCGGCAUGGCUGCAACUUCCGGCCCUCUCGAAAAUUUCUUCUGGUGA